GGAGAGCUCUGUGGCCUUCGUUCUCUCUCUUUCUCUCGGUCCAUUUCUAUCUGCAAAGAAAGAAAGAAAAAACCCUCAUUUUGGUUUGUGUUUCCUUUGGAUUCCGAUAAAGUUGGGGCCUUUUGGUUGGAUCUCGUGGGGAAUUGGGGAUUUUGGGGGGAAUUUUUAAUGGAAGGUGGGGGAAUGGGGAGGUGAAGGAGGUGUUUGAUUGAAGGAGAUGCUGUAUUUGAAGCAGCCGCAGGGGAGCUUCGGGUUGUGGCGGCGAACGGAGUGCUGAUCCGGCGAAGUGGUUUUUAUAUGCUAAGUUGAUCUCGGCCCCGGCUGGUGGCGCAGGAUCCGGCUGUGGGGAAUGGCUGCUGAGGCGAAGAUUGAAGCUGGGUUGGAUCCCAAGUGCCGCUACCUCCAGAAGUUCAGGCUUUACGAGACUGGAUCCAAUUUUUAUAUGGUCGGAAGGGAUAAGAGUAGAACUUUUUGGAGGGUGUUGAAGAUUGACAGAUUGGAACUAUCAGAACCGAACAUCCAAGAAGAUCCAACAACGUACUCAGAAAGUGAAUGUCAGGAGCUGUUGAAGAGAAUUCAUGAAGGAAACAAGUCUAAUGGUGGACUGAAAUUUGUUACCAAUUGCUAUGGAAUUGUUGGUUUCAUCAAGUUCCUUGGUCCUUAUUAUAUGUUGCUUAUCACAAGGAGAAGACAAAUAGGGACCAUCUGUGGCCACAUCGUGUAUGCUAUCACCAAAAGUGAAAUGAUAGCCCUCCCAAAUCAUUCAGUGCAAUCUUCUACAGAUAUUGCUAGACAUGAGAACAGAUACAAGAAGCUCCUAAGCACAGUGGAUCUUACAAAGGACUUCUUCUUCAGUUACUCAUACCAUGUAAUGCGAAGUCUUCAGAAGAACAUGUGUGAUAAUGAGUCAGGGCAAGUUCUUUAUGAAACGAUGUUUGUGUGGAAUGAAUUCUUGACUCGCGGAAUCCACAACCAUCUCGAGAAUACUCAUUGGACAGUAGCGUUGGUCUACGGAUUCUUUAAGCAGGCCAAACUUUCUAUCUCUGGAAAGGAUUUUUGGUUGACUCUAAUUGCUAGGCGCUCACGUCAUUAUGCUGGGACAAGGUAUCUAAAGCGUGGUGUAAAUGAGAAGGGUAGAGUAGCCAACGAUGUUGAGACCGAACAAAUUGUCUUUGAAGAUACUCAUGAUGGAAUUCCUACACAUAUAACUUCUGUCGUGCAGAACAGGGGAUCUAUUCCGCUUUUCUGGUCUCAGGAAACUUCUCGCUUGAAUAUUAAGCCGGAUAUCAUUUUGCAGAAGGACAGAAACUAUAAAGCCACUCGACUUCAUUUUGAGAAUCUUGUUAAGAGAUAUGGCAACCCAAUCAUAAUUUUGAACUUAAUCAAGACCCACGAAAAGAAACCUCGAGAAUCUAUCCUCCGUUCAGAAUUUGCUAAGGCAAUUGAUGCCAUUAAUAAAGAUUUAUCAGAUGAAAAUCGUUUGAGAUUCUUGCACUGGGAUCUUCACAGACACUCUCGGAGUAAAUCAGCGAGUGUGCUUUCCUUAUUGGGCAAGGUUGCAGCUUAUGCCUUAAAUUUAACAGGCUUCUUUUACUGCCAAAUGACACCAGCUGUACAGUUUGAUGGUCCUUUGCAGUCAACUCUCAUUUUGAACGAUAAUGCUGGUGAAUCUUGCAAUGAGCUUAGAAAGAACACUUCAAGCAAUGCUGAUAUCUCUACACCUUGGGAAGAUCAUUUGAAAAAUAAUGACAGCUCUGUGUGUGAAAUGCCAAAAGAUAGAGUUGAAAAUAAUGAAAUGGCAUUGCCUACACCACCUAAAUUCCAAAAAGGUGUUCUGCGCACAAAUUGCAUUGAUUGUUUGGAUCGCACAAAUGUCGCCCAAUUUGCUUAUGGCUUGGCUGCUCUUGGCCAUCAGCUUCAUGCGUUGGGUUUUACAGACGUUCCUAAAAUUGAUCUAGAUUCCCCUUUGGCUGAUGACUUGAUGAAUGUUUACGAGAUGAUGGGGGACACUCUUGCUUUUCAGUAUGGUGGUUCUGCUGCUCACAACAAGAUAUUUUCUGAGAGAAGAGGCCAAUGGAAGGCGGCAACCCAAUCCCAAGAGUUCUUCAGGACACUUCAACGUUACUACAGCAAUGCAUACAUGGAUGCUGAAAAGCAGGAUGCAAUUAAUUUGUUCCUGGGUUAUUUCCAACCUCAACAAGGCAAGCGUGCUCUUUGGGAACUUGAUUCUGAUCAAAAUUGCAAUGUCGGGAGUCGUGCCCAUGGUUUUGUUAAUCAGUAUGCAAGGGCAUUCAUCAAAAGAUCCCUAUCAGACGGAAACAUUCUUUGCGAAAGUAAUACACCUGUGUCUGCCCGUAAUACGGGACAGAAAAAAUAUCCUACUUCCACUCUGCUUGAUAGAAGAACAUAUCAAACAGGGAGACGAGGAGGAGGGUAUUUCUGAUUCAGCACCCUGACAAAUCAACUUCUGAUAGUCAUACAUCUUAUUCCAGAUCCACUCCAACAAUACCUGGCAAGGAACUUUUUACAUAUGAUGAACAUGGUUAUGUCUUCGAUCGUUCUGAUGAAUCAAGUAGCUCAAAUUUUCUUGACCUUGAUUGGCUUUCAUCUUCCGGGAAUUCUUGCGAUGAAGAAACUUGUGAAAGCAAUUCUCUGGUUGAGAACCUCUCUGCAGAAGAUGUCAUCAAGAAGAUAACUCCCGAGAA